AGCAGCGCGAGCACCAGCAUGGCGGGGCUCCGACGCCCGCAGCCCGGCUGCUACUGCCGCACGGCCGCGGCCGUGAACCUCCUGCUGGGCGUCUUCCAGGUCCUGCUGCCCUGCUGCCGCCCGGGAGGGGCUCAGGGACAAGCGAUUGAGCCCUUGCCGAACGUGGUGGAGCUGUGGCAGGCAGAAGAAGGGGAACUCCUGCUGCCCACUCAGGGUGAUUCUGAAGAGGAUCUGGACGAGCCUUCUCAAGAGCAGAGCAUCUCUGACAAACUACUUGGUGGGAAAGGCUUACAUUUUCAGCCGUCAGUUCUAGAUUUUGGAAUACAGUUCCUGGGACUUCCCGCAGCGAAGAUUCUGCACGCCUACAACCCCAGUCGGCACAGCGAGGUCGUGGUGACUUCGGUGUUCACGGCUGCCCGGCAUUUCCACGUGCCUCCUGUCCACUGCAGGGUGAUCCCAGCAAUGGGGAAAACUUCCUUCCGAAUUAUUUUCUUACCCACCGAGGAAGGAAGCAUCGAGAGUUCCUUAUUUAUUAAUACCUCUUCCUAUGGACUCCUUUCCUAUCACGUAUCUGGAGUCGGUGCUCGCAGGAUCUCCCCGGAGGGCGCCGCCCGGCAGCCAGCAAAUGCGUACUUCCUGCUUCCGCAGGUGCAGAGCAUUCAGCUCUCGCAGACGCAGGCAGAAACCACUAAUACUAGCCUCUUGCAGGUGCAACUGGAAUGCAGUUUACAUAAUAAAGUGUGCCAGCAAUUAAAGAGCUGCUACUUGGAAUCUGAGGACGUUUUGCGCCUGCAAAUGAGCAUAAUCGUAACCAUGGAAAACUCCUCAAAGGAAUUUGAAGAAAACACUCAAGACUUGUUAGAUCAUCUGUCCAUCGUCUAUGUAGCUACAGAUAAAUCCGAGACCUCAGAUGGCUCUGCCGUCAACAUGUACAUACUGCAUUCAGGAAGCAGCCUCAUCUGGAUACAGGAUGUGCAUCAUUUCUCGCACACAGAGGCUCUGUCCGUGCAGUUUGAGCCAGUCCUGCUCCCUCCUUCUACCACGAACUUCACCAAAAUCGCCUCUUUCACUUGCAAAGCAGCUACAUCGUGUGGAAAUGUGGAGGACGCACACAAGGUCAGAAGCAGCCCAACACUAACAGCGUGCCUGUCCUCGCCUGUGGUUCAGGGGUAUUUUAGGAUGGACUCGGCUGCAACCCAGUUUCACAUAGAGACUCGGGAGAAUACAUCAGGAGUGUGGUCAAUGUGGGGCCUCAACCAUUUUGACCACGGCAUCGUAAUAACCGACGUGUUUGUUUCCAAGGAGACCAGGCACAUUUUAAAGAUUCUGAAUUUCACUGGCCCUUUAUUUCUACCUCCAGGCUGUUGGAAUAUAUUUUCUUUGAAACUUGCCGUUAAAGACAUUGCCAUAAAUCUAUUCACCAAUGUAUUUUUGACUACAAACAUAGGUGCCAUUUUUGCAAUACCUCUACAGAUUUAUUCAGCACCAGCUAAGGAAGGGAGUCUGGGUUUUGAAGUGAUAGCACAUUGUGGCAUGCAUUAUUUCAUGGGAAAGUCAAAAGCAGAAAAUCCUGCUUGGGACGGGAGCCCUUCUCUGGAUUGGUCUGCCUGGGAUGUGGAUUCCAAACUCGCAAAUAAAUUGCAUGAGAGGUGGAAGAGAUACACAAACGGUGACGUCUGCAAGAGGAGUGUUUUAGGAAUGACUCGGUUUGCCCACGUGAAGAAACCCAAGGAGUCGGAAUCCUUCGUGGUCUUUUUGCCUCGCUUGCUGCCAGAGCCUGGCCUCGUGCUAACCUUCAGUGCCACCGCCCUCAGGAACAGCAUGGUGAAGUACUUUGUGUUGAAGAACCCGUCAUCCCUGCCAGUCUCCUUGCAGCUGCUGCCUCUCUCCUUGUACCCAAAGCCCGAAGCCGCAGCGCGCCUGCUCCACAAGUGGUUUGGCACUGAUGUGCAGCUGAUUAAUUUCACAACCAGUGAAUUCCAGCUCACUGAAGCUUGCCCUUACCGGGGCGGGCACCCCGAGGAGUCCAGCUCCGGCAUCCUCCACUUGCACCUGCAGCCUUUGGAAGUGAGAAGGGUCGGUGUCGUGUUCACGCCGGCCGACUAUGGAAAAGUCGCCUCCCUCAUCCUAAUCCGGAACAACUUGACUGUUCUGGACGUGAUUGGCGUGGAGGGAUUUGGAGCAAGAGAGCUACUGAGAGUGGGCGGGAGGCUUCCUGGCGCGGGGGGCUCCCUCCGGUUUAAGGUGCCCGAGUCCACUCUGAUGGACUGCCGCCGACAAUUGAAAGACAGCAAGCAAAUUUUAUCUAUCACGAAGAACUUCAAAGUCGAGAACAUCGGGCCCCUUCCUGUAACGGUGUCAGCGCUGCGAAUUAAUGGGUAUAAUUGCCAGGGUUACGGGUUCGAAGUUCUGGAUUGUCAUCCGUUCUCUCUGGACCCAAACACAUCCCGCGACAUCAGCAUCGUGUUCACUCCAGACUUCACCUCGUCCUGGGUCAUCCGGGAGCUGACCCUCGUGACGGCGGCCGACCUGGAGUUCCGCUUCACUCUCAACGUGACGCUGCCUCACCACCUGCUGCCCCUGUGUGCACACGUGGUCCCGGGGCCCAGCUGGGAGGAGUCCUUCUGGAAGCUGACCGUGUUCUUCGUCAGUUUGUCUCUGCUGGGUGUGAUUUUAGUAGCCGUCCAGCAAGCACAGUACAUUCUCAUGGAGUUCAUGAAGACGAGGCAGCGGCAAAGCGCCAGCUCCUGCUCCCAGCAGAGCAGCGGGCCCAUGGAUGUGAUCGGCUCCCCGGCUCACAAAAGCAGUUGCAAGAACUUCCUGGACGCCUACGGCCCCUCGGAUAAGGGCCGGGGCAAGAGCUGCCUGGCAGUGAGCACUCCCCGGAGCCGGGUGCAGAACGCCGCCAGGAGGAGCCCGGCCAGCUACGGCCACUCCCAGAAGAAGCACAAGUGCUCGGUCUAUUACAGUAAACACAAGGCCGGCGCGGCCGGGGCGGCAGGUGGCACCAGCCCGAGCCCCGAGGACAGGCAGACAGUGGCCCUGGGCGGCGCUCCAUGUGCCGGGAGGGAGGACACGUGCGCCGACGGCCCGGCCGAGCACGGGGCCGGCCUCAAGGACGCGAGUGGCGGGAGUGUCCCCCCGCUGAAGCACUUAUCCCUGCCCAACGCCGCCCUGGGAAAGGCAGAGGGUCCCCUGCGAGAGCCGGUGCUCGCCAGCGACUCUUCUUCAGACUGUACCGUGAAGGAGGGAGUGCAGUCCUGUUUGUUUCCUAAGGAAACGGCCCUUAGCGCUCUGGGCAGCGCUGAGCUCAAGGAGCUGAAGACCCCCAAGAAACUACCUGAAAGUCACUUGCCGAGAAACGCACCUCAGUACCUGCCAGAGCUUCUGGAAAGUUCCAGAAAGCAUGCCGGGAGCAGCCAACAAGCGCCUGUCAAGAACGAAGCGCACAGCUGGGACGCGUUGGAAAAGGCUGAGACGAGGUCACCUUCUGGCAAGAGGACUCACAGAGCACCGAGAGAAGACGCGGGUCCUGAGAAGCAGGACGCGCCUUCCCUGGAGCAAGAAGAUGCUCACAGGAAGAAGAAGCUCCAGGAGAAGAAAGAAGGAAAUCCACAGAACUUGAAUUGGAAUAAAAGCCGAACGUGCAGAAAAAACAAGAAGCGGAGUGUCGCUCCGGUCUCACGGCCCUCUGAGCAGAGCGAGCUGAAGCUUGGCUUCGAGCAGUCUGAGCGGCGCGGCGACGUGGACGUCAGAAGCUGGUGUGUGCAGGGGAGUGCUGGGGACAUCUGCCGAGCAGACGGGCACUCGGCCAGCGGCUCACCCGGUGCACAGAGAGAGGCCGAGCGCCUCUACCCGAAGCCCGAGAAGAAGUGCGGGGACAAGUUCUGCUCGGAUUCCAGCUCGGACUGCGGGAGCUCGUCGGGCAGCGUGCGUGCCAGCCGCGGCAGCUGGGGCAGCUGGAGCAGCGCCAGCAGCUCGGACGGGGAGCGCAAGCCCGCAGCGGAGCCACAGCGCCUCCUGCCGGCCGGAGAUGAGGUCUCCCCAGCUGACUUUCCAUCUGAAACCCCCAUCUCCUUGAACCUUUCUCACAACAUCUGCAAUCCCACAGAUGCCAGUAGCUUCCCGCAGUUCGCAGAGCCCACCUGCGCCAGCCUUCCUGCCGGGCCCACAGGUGUCACGGAAGACAAAGGUCUGUACUCGCCUGGAGACCUGUGGCCCCCGCAGCCCGUGUGUCUGACAAGCAGCUUGAACUGUGCUCCCGAGAGCAGCGCGCCAUGUGUGAUGCAGGAGCCGGCCCAGGUGCACAGCAGUUACGUUGACUGGAGCGCAGCUUGCGAAGGCCCGUUCCCCAGUGUCUACUGUCCCCUGGAGUUGAACGACUAUACUUCCUUUCCGGAAGAAAACCUGAGUUAUGGCAACGGCUUCCCCUGUCCCGCCGACGUCCCGACCGACUUCAUCGACCACAGCGCUCAGUCCACCUGGAGCAGCCCGGCCAGCUUCACGCCCGCCUGGGGCCACGCCGGCUUCAUCAACUCUCCGCCCUACCUCACGAGCACUCGCAGCCUGUCGCCCAUGUCCGGACUCUUUGGCUCCAUCUGGGCCCCGCAAAGCGACGUGUAUGACAACUGCUGCCCCCUCAGCCCCGGCGCGGAGCCCCCCACCCACAUGGAGAACCAGGCGGUCCUGUGCAAGGAGUACUACCCCGGGUUUAACCCGUUCCGUGCCUACAUGAACCUGGACAUAUGGACUACUACAGCCAACAGGAGCGCAAACUUCCCCCUGGCCAGAGACUCGAGUUACUGUGGCAACGUGUGAGGAGGCCCGGAUGUCUCGCCCAUGGGAAUCAGAGAGGCUUGUGUUUCGAUUGCUAGCGUAAACCGGUUGUUGACAUAGAUGAUGACAUUGGCGGGUAUUUUGGCACUUUUAUAUGGAAAUAAAUUUUUUUAAUGAAGUCUGGGUGCUCUAUUUUUUUUUUUUUUUGACCAGUGAGUCAGUGGUAGGAACCAAGCAUCCGAAUGUCAUAACUUUGGUAAUUCAAGAAUUCUCAGUCCCAACGAGGGGUGGCGUCAGGCGGUCAGCGUGGAGGAAGUGGUGGCAGCCAGGGAGGGGGGUGAGCAGAGAACGGCCACUGUUCAGGUGCCAUUCCCGCAGGUCCUGACUUGAUGUCUUGGUGGUGUGGGUUGUGAGGUGGGUUGAGGACUGUGGGGGAGGGGAGGCCAGUGAGCAGGAAGUCCUCGGCCCCACUGGCCCUGUGCCCGGGCAGAGCCUGGUUCCCUCUGUUCUGAGCACUUCGGCUCCUGGGAUGGGACGGCCAGCCUCGCGCUGCUCUCCCAUUCCAGCUGUGGGGAGAGCCAUUCUGCUCACCAUCAGGCAGUGGGCCCAGGUGGUAAGUGUGCAGCUCCCCCACACUUUGGGGCUUUCCCCAAAUACAAGUCCUUAGGGGACAGGCUUGGCCAGACCCGUUUGUAUCUGCUUGUUGUUUGUAGAAUUCCAUGUUCUGUUGGAGUGAUCUGUUUGCGCGUGUCAACUCUG